GUAUAAUACGCGUACGAUCUACGUGGUGAAGCGCUAACGCUGACCCUGCGAAAAUGGUGUACGUGAACACUUGUACCCCGUACAUAACGCCGGCUUUUCCAAGCAGCGGCGUCUGAAGUGUUCAAGACUUGUCAGAUAACCAAGCGCAAUCGCUGGAUAAAUGGAUGUCGCCACACUGAACCACUCAAAACGGAGAAUUAUUGGAAUAUUACGCGUGCAGUAUUUCUUUCAGUAAAACUAAAUGUAUAUAAAGCGGGCAUAUUGGACGGAUUACUUCAGAUUAACAAAAAUUCCUAAACUCACCAGUGAUUCAGUUGCUUGAGCAGAAAGUUAAUUUUUAGCUUAGUAUUGUUUGCUUAUCGAAAUCGUUGAUGUAAAAGCGAUUUAAUAAAAUGUACCGCAACACUGCUUUCUUCGCUGCGUUAUUAUUUGUUUUGCUGAAUGCCGUUGUUACACGCGGCCAUUUGAAGCAUCACGAGGGCAACCUGAGUUUAGCAGAUGCUGCUCACGCGACGUCCUCCAACACCACUCACUACGACAGCGGCAACCAUGCCAGACGUGCCAGACGAAUUAUGGUGAUCGAUAUAUUGGACCACGGACGGCAAAAGGGGUUUGUGGAAGACCCCAAUCGUCAUCAUUGGAUCCCUAAUGUAAAGCCUAAUGUGGAAAAUGAUGUGAAAUCUACAGUGAAGCCUAAUGCAAUUCCUAAUAAGAAGCCCAAUGGGAAGACUACUGUGAAGCCUAAUGCAAUUCCUAAUAAGAAGACUACUGAGAAACCUAAUGCAAAUCAUCCCCAUGUGAAGCCUACUGUGAAUCCUAAUGCAUAUCCUCCCCAUGCGAAGCCUACUGUAAAACCUAAUGCAAACCCUCAUAAGAAGCCCAAUGCGAAGCCUCACGCUAAUCCUAAUUGGAUUUAAUAGGAAGACCAUAAUUUAAAGCACCUUUCAAUGGAAUCCGCACCUGGAAUGAAGGUUACAAUCACUAUUCCCAGUAAGACUUUUUGUUCGCCUUGUCACUGCUCACGCUCGCUUUGGGGUUCGUCAACU